AUGGUGAAGCCAUUAAUGGCAUCUCCGAAUUCUGCGACUGUGAGCGAUCAUGAGGGUUUCAAGUACAAAGGCGUGAGGAAGCGAAAAUGGGGCAAAUGGGUAUCUGAAAUUAGACUUCCCAACAGCCGAGAACGCAUAUGGCUUGGUUCUUAUGAUUCUGCAGAGAAGGCUGCUCGAGCCUUCGAUGCUGCACUCUUUUGUCUACGUGGUGAGCGUGCCAAUUUCAACUUCCCUGAUACUCCUUUCCUCUUUCAUCUUCCUCCUCAUCAUCAAUCUCUUACCCAUCACCAGAUUCAGCUUCUUGCUUCUUCCUUCGCCAAACAGCUCCACCAGGAGCCGCCGGCGGAGCCACCCCAUGAAGAACCAUCUGCAGAAUUUCAUUCUAGUCCUGUAUCAGUGUCGGAGACAGGUUCCACCAGUACCUCAUCGUCCUCCUGUAUGCAAGUGGAAGUGGACCACAGUGACGACAGCCCCAUAGAUUGGUCAUUUUUGAACUCGCUGGAUUCUAAUGACCUUGGUGCCAUCGACGGGGGACUCUAUUCUGAGUUAGAUUACUUCCAGAUUGGUGAGUCGACGUCCGAGUUAUCUCUCAUUCCCCCACCUGAGCCUUUCGACUACAAUGCCCAAGAAAAUCAAUACGAAGAUGCUUAUUCUAACAAUUCAUUCCUUUGGAACUUCGGAUAG